AUGGAAAACAUUAAAGAAGCUGGUCAUGCUGUUUCAGAAAAAGUAAAAGAAGUAUCAAGUGGUGCUUCAUAUCAAGCAAAUAAAGAAGCAGCUAAAAAUGAUAAUUUAUCAGCAGGUAGCCGAAUAAGUCAUGGUGUUGAUGCAGUUAAAGACAAAAUCGAUGAAAAGGGUCAUGAAGCAAAUAAAGAAGUACACAAAGAAGCUGCUCAAGAGAAAGGUGUCAUUGGUCAAAUUGGUGAUACUAUCUCACAUGCUUAUAAUUAUGUUGCUGAGAAAGUUUCUGAAGUAACCAGUGGUGCAUCAUAUGAAGCUAAUAAAGAAAAAGUAAAAGAUUCGGAUAAUACCGUUGGUGAACGUGUUGGAGCUGGUUUUUCAGCAGUGGGUGAUAAAAUUGAAGAAAAAUCUCACGAAGCUAAAGCUAAAGCACACAAAGAAGCUUUAUAA